AUGUCAGCCCCUUCGCGAGCGACCAAAGGCCAAACACUUCCGCUUAGCUUGAUUGCUCAUGUUAUAUCAUUUGUUGAUGAUGUAGGCGACAUUGCGCGCAUGACCCGAACAUGCCGAUUGAUGUAUUACAUGACGCUCCCAGUCUUGUAUGAACGUGUCACCCUCCGCUCUUACCCCGAAACCCGCUACGUCGAUGGAAGACCUGAAGGAUAUGGGAGCGGCAGCCCGUUUGUCAUGGGUCUUACUGGACUCGCUUCGGGGAACUCGGCAGCGCUGGUGAAAGAGUUUACAGUGGCAGGAGCUUGGUCAGAACCGGGGAUCGAUGAGUACAGCAAGGGAAAAAUACCGGACAGCACAAUUCUGCUUGGAAUUGCUCUGCGUGCUGCAAUGGACAGGAUGACACAUCUCAGAAGCCUUGUCUGGAAUCUCGACUCCAAGCCCACAAAGUCGAUAUACCUGGGACUGGCUGCUCGCCCGACACUUACGUCGCUCAGCCUUCAUUACCCUCAGAUCCGAUCGCCCCGUCCGAUAGUCGUCAUACCGCCCAUGCCCAACCUUCGUCGUCUGCGUGUGAGCGACAUCGACCCUCUCUGUUACCCAGACGACAUAUCGCUUCUGAUCUUCCAUGCGAAGCAGCUCGAAGAUUUGCGCAUUCAAUGGAGUCCACGAAUGCGACAAGAGGCCGAACCAAGCAUCAACUUAAGAAGCAUAUUCGGGAAAUGCUUGGAAGCAGGAUACAAGCCCAAGCUCAAACACCUUGGUCUCCAGAACUUCUACGGUCCCAAUACUGGUGAUCUGAAGGAUGUCUUUGAGCCCGCCUGCAUCGAAAGUGCAGACUUCAUCGAAGUGUUUGGAGGCACUUACAACCGCCCCACCACUAUUUGGGUUGAUGAGACAUGGAAGAACAUCCCAGAUGCUGCCUACUUCGAGAACUACAAACGACACAGAGUUAGCGAACCAGCACCCGAACAUGCCAAAAUUCUGGCUAUGUUUUCUGGCCUCAGGGAGAUGUACAUGAUUAGCAACAAGUCUCCUGAUCGCGAUAUGAAGUGGGAGUUCAACUCGCCCAUGACCGUAGUCAAUACACCAGCCACUCCUGUGCACACUCCUAGCGCUUUUGAGGAAAAGCAGGCCUAUACCACAUGCAGAUUGUAUCUACAAGCUUUGACCGUGAACCACGGUCAGACGCUCACAAAACUGCUCCUAUCUGAUCAAUGGCCACUGUCAGGAUCUCAGAUUGGCGAAAUUGUUAGCAAAUGUCCCAACCUGGAACAAGUCGGGUUUGCACUGGCCAAGGACGCUGGCGAAGUCAUGUCUAUACUCUCUCCCUUCUUUGCCAAACUGAUCGCCGUUAGGAUUUUAGCAAACGCCAAUAGCGUCGAGUUGCUUGCCGAACCUGGGAUCGCUGGACUGAUGGACGGAACUAGGACCGAGCCCUUGUAUUGGAGAUGCCUCAACCAAAGAGUGAGAUGGUGCGGCAUCGGUGACGCCAUCUUCAGAAUCGAAAAGGCUGUGCAGUUGCCCGAUGCAGAUGGCAAUAUGGAAUGGUUUAACCACGUCACCCUGGCUACGCUGGAGGAAGUGCAACACCUUGAGGUCUGGAGACUAGACAAGCUUGAACUAUGA